AUGGAGCCCCCAGCUGCUGCUGGAGAGGGAGGCAGCCCACCAGGCUGUAUAAUGACCGUGAAGACGUUCUUCGUGAGGGCUCUCCACCGCCUCCAGAAGGGCCCUGGGUACACCUACCAGGAGCUACUGGUCUGGUACUGUGACAACACCAACACCCAUGGGCCGAAGCGCAUCAUCCGCGAGGGCCCCAAGAAGAAGCUUGUCUGGUUCUUCUUGACGCUGCUCUUUGCCGCCUUGGUCUUCUGGAACUGGGGCAUGCUCAUCCAAAAGUACCUGUCCUACAAGGUCACGGCCUCCCUGGCCAUUGGCUUCAAGAACAUGACGUUUCCUGCCGUCACCAUCUGCAGUGCCAGCCCAUACAGGUACGCGGCGGUCAAGCCCUACCUGCAGGACUUGGACGACCUCAUCGAGGCGGCCCUCAACCGGAUCCUGCAGCCCGGCCCCGAGGACAACGGGACGGCGUCUCCUCCUCCUCCGGCCAGCGCCACGGCCGGGCUGAACAUGCGCCUGUGGGACCAGAUCCCGCUGGUGGUGAUCGACGAGAGCGAGGCCUCGCGCCCGCUGGUCCUCGACCUCCUGGGGAACAGCUCGCUCGGCUCCGCGGGGCCCAACAGCUACUCCUCUUUUGCUGACCCGGAAGGAAGGAAGUACAAGCUGGCUGUGAAGCUGUGCAGCAACAACGGCACCCGAUGCACCUACCGGAACUUCACCAGCGCGGUCCAGGCGGUGACGGAGUGGUACAUCCUGCAGUCCACCAGCAUCCUGUCCCAAGUGCCGCUGAGCAAAAGGAUCGAGAUGGGCUACAAGGCAGAGGACAUGAUCCUGGCCUGCCUGUAUGGAGCAGAGCCUUGCAAGUACAGCAACUUCACUCACCUCUACCACCCAGACCAUGGCAACUGCUACAUCUUCAACUGGGGCAUGGACGAGGAACCGCCGCUCAUCUCCUCCAAUCCGGGGGCAGAGUUUGGCCUGAAGCUCAUCCUGGACAUCAGCCAGAAGGAGUACCUGCCCUUCCUCACCUUCACCGCCGGGGCCCGGCUAAUGCUGCACGAGCAGAAGAGCUUCCCCUUCCUGAAGGACCAGGGCAUCUACGCCAUGUCGGGCACCGAGACCUCCAUUGGCGUCAUGGUGGAUGAGCUGGAGAGGCAGGGCGCUCCCUACAGCGCCUGCACCAUGAACGGGACCGACGUCUCCAUCCAGAACCUGUACCAAGACUACCUCACUUCCCAGGCUGCUGAGGGCGGAAGAGGCCUGGCUGAGCCCUGCCCCAACUGCUCCACAGGCGCCCAGUACAGGACGACCUAUUCCAUGCAGGCCUGCCUCCGCUCCUGCUUCCAGGCCCAGAUGGUGAAGAACUGCCAGUGUGGCCAUUUCUUCUACCCGCUGCCCAAAGGGGCCCGCUUCUGCAACAACGAGGACUACCCGGACUGGGCAUACUGCUACUCCACUCUGCGCACGAGUCUGGAGCACCGGCAGAGCUGCAUCCAGUCCUGCAAGGAGACGUGCAACAACACCCAGUACAAGAUGACCAUCUCCAUGGCCGACUGGCCUUCCGAAGCCGCCGAGGACUGGAUUUUCCAUAUUUUGUCCUACGAAAGGGAUCAGUCAACCAAUGUGACUCUGGACAGAAAAGGGACCAUCAAGCUGAAUAUCUAUUUCCAAGAGUACAACUAUCGGACCAUCUCGGAGUCGGCCAGUACGACGAUCGUCUGGCUUCUCUCGAGUCUGGGAGGCCAGUUCAGCCUGUGGAUGGGGGGCUCCGUGCUGUGCCUCAUCGAAUUUGGAGAGAUCGUCAUUGACUUUCUGUGGAUUACCAUCCUGAACUUGAUUAGCUGGGGCAAGGGGCUGAAGCAGAGGCGCCCCCAGGCCCCGAAGCCCGCCGCACUUCCCACCGUGGCAGAGAGGGUGGAGGCCCACACGAACCUGGGCUUCGAAGCGGAGGAGGCAGGUGGCGGCGGCGGCAGCGAUCCUGGGGCCAAAGGUUUUGCCGACGGGGAUGCCGUCUCGGAGCCGGGCACUCCACCGCCCAAGUACGACUCCCUCCGCGUGUGCCCCGUGGCCACGGUGGAGCUGGGCAGUGAGGACGGGGAGGCUUCCCUCCCCGACCUGGACACGCUUUGAGGCCUGGCAGGGCACAUGGCCCAAGGGCAGCAGGAGCCCAAGCCCUCCCCCCCCUCCUCUUCUGUCCACGCCGGGGUAGUGCAGUCUACCUGUCCAGGUCCCCUCCGCUCUUCUCCUCUCCGGCAUCCCAGGGGACAGAGUGAGGUCAGCAUUCCUCAAAGGAGGGCCCGUCCGCUUUUGGGCUCGUGAGCGCACCCGCGCUCCUGCCUCCCCUCCCACUGGUCAGGGCCGGAGGCAGCAGCUUGGGCCUCCUGCAGGCCCCCCCCCCCGGUUGCGUUUAGGGUCAGGGGUGCUCUGUGUUGGCCCUGCUGUGCCCCGCAGGCGGGAGGAGGCCUGGACUUGGGGCCACGUUUGCAGGGCCCACCUCUGGGUGCAGCACCUUGGGAGGAAGCGUUUGUCCAGUGUCAGGGCAGUGACUACCCGGGGCGGGGGGGGGGGCUGCCCGCCCUUGCUUCAGCCCUGCCCAGCAGCAAUGCAGCCAAGUGGUUGCAACAGCUGCCCCUGCCUGCCCGUGACAGCGCUCUGCUUCCUGGAGCUGGCCUAUCUCCCAUCUCUGGCUCCUUCCGCUGGUACAUUUGUUAAUGUGUGUUAGAAAAUGAACCACUUUACACUCCAAUAAAAAGAGCAGCUGCUCUGUCCCGGCCUUGCCUAGGACAAGCCCAGUUUGUGGCACGGGGGGGGGGGCAGGCUGACUCCUUGCCACAGGCGACUAAGUGGCCGGAGGGAGGGAGGCCAGGAGCAGCCCGGUCCCCUUGGCCUCCGCAGCGCCACCCAUCCUGCCCGGUCACUUGGGGGCUGGAAAUAAACAGGCUCAUCUUCACGUGCCCUUGUACAAGUCUAUGGGGCAGCCACAGCGGGAGUCUUGAGCACAGUUGCUAAGCGGGAGAAGGUGCAGAAGAGGGCCUGGAGCACCGUCCCGAUGAGGCCAGGCGGCAGCAUUUGGGGCGCUUGACUUUGGCAAGGAGGCCACUGAGGGGAGACAUGACGGAGGGGCAUCAAGUGAGGCAUGGAGUGGCGGACAGAGAGACACUCACCCCCACCCCAUGAAACCGAAGGCUGGCAAACUGAGGACCACCAAGAGGAAGGCCUUUUUUGCACAGCGCAUCAUUAAGCCAGGGAAGGCUCUGCCCUGGGCUGUGGCGAUGGCCACCAGCUCGGAUGGCUUUACACCGGGCUUGGACAAUCUCGUGGAGGGCAGGGCUAUCGGUGGCUACUAGCUUGAGGGCUGCAGGCUACCUGUAAACAGCAGUUGCUGGGGAGCUGAGAGGGGGCCUGCCUGCCUUCAUCUCCUGCUCGUGGGCUCCCCAGAGGCAUCUGGCGGGCCACUGUGGGAAACCGGAUGCUGGACUCGA